ACAGAAACCACACACGACUCACAAGUCACAACUCAGAUAUCGUGUCCACGAGUUGAGGGGAGGCGACACAAAGCAAACUAAGUUCUCGAAGCUCUGGAGUGAAGAUGGCGAAGAAAGCAACGGAAUCUCAGUCAUCUUCAGCUUCCUCACCCUCCAAUCAGAGAAUGGUGUUGAGAAAACGGCAGAGUGUUGUUAGCGGAGAGAAAGAGAGGAGUGCCAGCUCAGCAAAGAAACUUUCAGUGAAGCAUAAGAAGAAACAUGACAAAUUCGAAGCUAAGAAGCCUAAGAAACCCCCUACUGCUUUCUUCUACUUCUUGGAGGAUUUUCGUAAAGAAUUUCAAGAGCAGAAUCCAGAUGUCAAGUCAAUGCGUGUUAUUGGCAAGGCAUGUGGAGAGAAGUGGAAAACUAUGACUUAUGAGGAAAAAGUUCAAUAUUAUGAUAUAGCCACUGAGAAACGAGCAGAGUUUGACAGAGCCAUGGCAGAUUAUAUCAAAAGACAGGAAAGUGGUGAAGGCCCAGAAACUGAAGAUGACUCGGAGUUUGAUGAGUAUGCCUAAAGGAUUGCUGUUGUAAUAGAAGAACAUUAUUUCAAUGGGAGUAGGAGGUACAUGGGCUAGUAGUUGUAAUUACUUUACGCGGUCUCUAUUGGUUUAUCUUUUGCAUUGAUUUUGUUAAUGUCUGUAUUUUCAUUUGUAAAUUACUGUUUGGCAGUUGCAUUUAGGUCACUACAGAGAGGAUUUGACAGUUAAUGUGAUUAUAAUCAAAAUUGUGUUCUUGAGAGAAUCCUCAUUGACACUAUGAUAUAAAGCUGUUGCCAAGCAGUUGUAAAGCUGGGAUUAGGCUUCAGUGAUUUUUAUUCUUAAUA